AGACACACUGGUAUAAAGCCAUCUCAAAAGAGUGUCUCUCAAAUUGACACUGCCACAACACGCGGCGAAGCGAACGCCUCACAGACCCGACACUUCUCUCUCUCUCUCUUCCUCUACUUUUCUUGGCUUUCUGAUUUUGUUUGUUCGUUUCUCACUUUACUACCUAUCCCUUUCGUCUUCUUCUUCCUCUUCGUCUUCUACAAAUACAACAACGCUAAUUUGUUAUUUUAUUAACUACUCAUCUCUGUUUUGGCCCUCUUCAGUUCGUUUUAUUAUCUCAAUCUGUUCUCACUUGUGUCUCACUUUCUCUAUAAAUUUCUCUCUUUCUGAGAAACCAAACAGUGUGUUUCAGCUUCAGAGUAACGAAAGGAUUGGGAGAGAUAAUAAUCCUGGAAAGAUCUCUACUCGUUCAGAGAAGAUGACCACUCCAACAAAUCUGCAGAGCUUUCUACAUGCUGCAACACCAAAUGUACCUUCAAAACGCAUUCGUCAGAGAUGUAACCCAGUUGGUAAGGAUAGAACUGAAUAUUUCACACUGGGAGACCUCUGGGAAUGCUACAAAGAAUGGAGUGCAUUUGGCACUGGCACCCCAGUUGUGUUGAACAAUGGCGAGGAUGUCGUGCAGUACUACGUGCCAUAUCUAUCCGCCAUUCAAAUAUACAUCAACAAAUCCUCUACAACUCCCAGGAAUACAAGAGAGGAUUCAGAUCUGGCAGAAUGUGAAAGUGAAUCUUGGAGUGACGAUAGUGAGAGUGAUAAACUCUCUGGAAGCAACCACUCUUGCAAGAUUUGGGAUACCACUUCUCCAGAUUCAAGUAAUGACCAGGAUGGUUCGUGCCCAAUGAGAGAUCGCCUUGGCUCUCUGUACCUUCAGUACUAUGAAACGUGCUCGCCGUGCUGGAGGAGUCCACUAACAAACAAAAUCACUGACCUUGCUCAAAAUUGUUUGGGACUCUUGACAUUGAAGAGCAUCGAUCUCUCUCCAGCAAGUUGGAUGGCCAUUGCUUGGUAUCCUAUUUAUCACAUUCCAACUAAAGGAAAUGUGAAGGACUUGUCAACAUGCUUCCUCACUUACCAUACAUUGUCCUCGUCUUUCCAAGCAGAUGCUGCAUUGGAGAAUUAUGAAGACAUUCCUUGUUCUGGAGUAGUAGAAGAAAUAUUAGGAUGUAAAUCUAAAGAGAAGGAGAGUGAUGGAGUUGCACUUCCCCCCUUUGGGCUGGCUUCUUACAAGAUGCAAGGGGAUCUUUGGAUGAAGCCCAGCACAUCCGAUCAUGAAAGGCUGAUGUAUCUUUAUAGUGCUGCUGAUUCCUGGCUGAAACAGCUCAGUGUCCAGCACCACGACUUCAGCUAUUUUACUUCGCACUCUACCAUGGAGAUUGGUUUGUCUUUGUAAAUUCUUACAUCCUUUGGUUCUGUCCGCUGCUCUGGUGACUGCCAUUCGAAGAUUCUCCCGCUGAGUAAUGAACAUAUUUAGAAACCGAGAGCUGCGUUUUUUUGAUAGCCAUGGACAUUUAAUUUCAAGGUAACUGUUCAAUCCAUAGAGUUCUUUUUCCCUUUAUGUUGGAGAGGGAGGAGCAGUUUAGAAAGAAGAGGAAACUUGAAAUUUUGGUUGUAUUUGUGCAUGAACUCUAGUUUGUAUUACUUGUAUAUAUCUUUAAUAUUUCAUUUUUCAGUGAGAUGCUGGCUUAAUUGUAAAUUUUUUGGUUCUAUUUGUGAAGGAGCAUACAUGCCCUUCUACAGAAGAAAAGUCAAUUUCAUUUGGUAACAUUGUAAUUUAAACCUUGUAUGGCAUUGUCAAUGCUUGCUGUUUCAUUAAAGUUCAUCUCAUAAUUGUUAUAUUAGAAGCAAUCAUCUUCUUUGACGUAAUCAAUUGUUACAAAAUAUGCCUGUUUGACAAUCCAUGUAGUGUUUUUAAGAUCCUAUUGUUUAAUUUUGCUGCUUUCCCUGAUCUUUAUCCCAGAAUCUUGAACCCUUAAAUUUUUUCUCCCAUCAAAGAACAUUGGUCAAUAACAAUUUGAUGAUAUUCAGACCUUGAAUGAUUGACUUGGUCAUUGACUUGAACAUUAACUUUGUGAUACUGAUAUUCAAUAUUCUGGUUAACAACAGUUUUGAUGACAUUUAGACUUUGAACUUCCAAAAAAAAAAAAAAAAAGAACGACACUCAGACUUUGAAUUGUUGACUUUUCUUUGGCAGACACAAAAUAUUCAUAGUUUAAGAGCUUUGGACAUAUUUUUCUUUAUUAGGGGAGUUAUUAACUGCUUUAUUAGGUUGGGUUCCCUCUCCUAUUUGGAGGUCAUCACUUGUAAAUGGCCACAACUAUAACAUUUUUAAUGUUGCAGAAUUCUUUUCCUGUUAGUUCCUCAAAAACCUUUGGCUCAUAUGGUAAAUGCAUUUAGAAGGACAAAUUUUAGUGGCUCAUAAAAGACAUUGCAUCAUGGAAAACUCAUUUUUAGGGGGUUUGAGAAAAUUGGUAAUCAUAACCUUAAUUUAUUGAAUAUCUUUUUUUCUGGAUGAUGCAUCGGAAUGGGAGAGGAAUGUGUGGAACUCAUAUCGGCAUUGGGGUCAGUAUGGGUGUAUCUUUUUUUUCUCUUUUUGAGGAAUGAUAAAGCUGGUGUGGCAAUUUUUUCUUUUAAGUUUCUGUUUCUGAAGACGGUUUCUUUAUAAUUAGUUUGCUAAUGUGAAUAAAAAGGAUGUAUUUAUUUAUUAUUAUUAUUUUUUGUUGGGUGAUCAGGUAUCCUAUUUAUCAAAUUAUCCAACUAAAGGAAAUGUGAAAGACUUGUCAACAUGCUUCCUCA